AUGACUGUCCCCAAGAUCACCCUCUACACCAACCAUCGGUGCCCAUGGGCGCAUAGAGCCCACAUCGCCCUGAAGGAACUCGGGCUCGACUACGAGGAAGUCAUCAUCGACCUGGACACACCACGCGAACCAUGGUAUCUCGAAAUUAACCCCCGCGGCCUUGUCCCCAGCAUAACCUACAACGGCGAAAUCGUGACCGAAUCCGCCAUCGUCGCCCAGUUCCUCGCCGACGCCCAUCCCUCGCACCUCCUCCCCCCCUCCAACACCCCCGAAGGCGCACUCAAGCGUGCCCGGAUCGCCUUCUUCGUCGACACCUUCUUCACCAAGGUCCAGUCGCAUUUCAUCGCCUCCCUGCGUGCCUCGAGCGAGAACGAGCGCACCGAUGCCGGCGAGGCCUUUGUCGCCGCCAUCGAGAAGGAAAUCGAGCCGGUUCUCUCGUCGCAGACGGGCAGCGGUCCCUUCUUCGGGGGCAGCGAGAAGUUGACCCUGGUGGAGGUGUUGAUUGGUUCGUUCUUGCUGCGCAUCCUCUCGUUCCAUAAGCCCGAGACCGGGUUGCUGCGGCAGGACCUGCCUGAGUUGUUGGAGAAGAGGACGCCGGCGUUUACUCGAUGGGCUAAGGUGACUGUUGCGCAGGAAAGUGUGAACUUUAUCUGGAACGAGAAGGAUGUUGCGGAGAUGAUGAAGCAGAAGUUGGCGACUUUGAAGAAAUAA